GUCAGCGGAAAAAAAGAAAGUCGACCGACGACGUCGCCUUGAAGUCACAGUUAGAGAGAGUGGUUAAGAAAUAUUUAAAGUGCGGAAGGAAGGAAGCACGAGUUUUGACGUUACUAUCUAACUCUUCUUUUCUCCUUGUCCCUAGAUCCAAGAACUCGCUCACACUUAUUACCUUUCCUUCUUUGAUCUUUCAUCUUCGCCGGGAUUAGAAGUUUUACUUCGGCUGAUCAAACUUUUCCAGGGUUUGGUUUGAGAGUUUUUUUUUUAAAAUGGGGAGAUCAUCGCCGAGAAGAGGGCAGAGAUCAAAGGGAUUGAAGGUCAAACACUGUCUUCAGUUCACUCUGUUGCUCGCUGUGGGGAUAUGGCUCCUUUAUCAACUCAGGCAUUCACAUGUUGAUGACAAGAAAGGUGCUGCAAAGAUUGUUUCAGCUGGGGAGGAUGAUCAAGUGGUGAAGCUGGGAAGGAAAGAUGUUAACCGUGGUGGUGUCGUCGAGGAGACUAAGAAGAAUGAUGAAGUGAUCAAGAAUGAAGAGGAGAUUUUGGAGAGGGAGGAGGAGAGAGGUGAGGAGGAAGGGAGUAAUGACAAGGAAAGUCAAGGUACAGGGAAUGAAGAAGGGGAGGAUGAGAGUGAGACGAGUAGUGAAGAAGCUAGAGAGAAGAAUUACAAGGGUGAUGAUGCUUCUAGUGAGGUGGUUCAUGAGAUGGAGGAGGAAGAGAGUAAGUCUAAUAUUACUGAGACUGUCAGUUUCCAUGAAGACGAGUCUGGUCCAAAGACGGAACAGCUAGUUAAAGAUUCUGUUGUUAUUAAUAAUAUUGUUUCUUCCAACACAACCGAGGGAAAUGGAAGUGAUGAUGAUGGUGAGCAGCAAGAGACGAAGAAGACUGAAGCAGGGGAGAACACAGGAGGUGACAACGAGUCUGAUGAAACAGUAACCAAGAGUGUGGUGUUGGAGAAGGGCUUCUCUGAUUCUAAUGGUGAAUUUCCUGAGAGUAGUAACCAGUCGGCUUCUAAUGCAACUGAAAAGACCAUUGGUUAUCAAGAAACUAGAAAUGAAGAAGACGAGCGGGAGAAGAUACAAUCUUCUCAACUCUCAUCUGAAGUGGAGAGUAAAAGCAAAGAGGAGUCCUUGUCCCAAGACGAUAGUAAAGAGGAAGGACCCCAGAAAAAGAAGAAAGAGGACUCUUCAUCCCAAGAGGAGAGUAAAGAAGAAGAGGGACAUAAGAAGGAGAAAGAAGAGACUUCACAACAAGAGGAAAAGGAGAAAGGAGAGGCUUCUUCGCAAGAGAAGAAUGAAAACAAAGAAACUGAGAACAUUGAGAAAGGUGAGUCUUCGUCCCAAGAGGAGAGUGAGAGCAAAGAAACUGGGAACAAGGAGAAAGGUGAGGCUUCUACGCAAGAGGAGAAUGAAAACAAAGAAACUGAGAACACUGAGAAAAUAGAGUCUUCGUCCCAAGAGGAGAGUGUGAGCAAAGAAACUGAGAACAAGGAGAAAGGAGAGGCUUCUCUAAAAGAGGAGAACACUGAGAAAGGCCAGUCUUUGUCCCAAGAGGAGAAUGUGAGUAAAGAAGCCGAGAAGAGGGAGAAAGAAGACCAUGAAACGGAAAACACUAACAGCGAGAAGACCAUUGAACAGGUGGAAUCUACUGAUUCUUCAAACAAACAGGAGAAGAGUGACGAACAUGAAACUGAGGGAAACAAGAGUCAAUCUGGCAACGAGCAAAGCAAAUCAGGUUCUGAUGACGAAAAGAAAACAGAGAAUGACACAUCAAAAACAGAGUCGGACAAGGAGAAGAAAGACAACAAAACUGGUGAUCACGAACAUGCUAAGGAUGCUGCUGGAACAGAACUGAAAACUCAGCCCGAGUCUAACAAUGGAUUCACCAACGACAAAGUUGCUGCUGAGUGAGUGAGUCCCUUUAACCAAAUUUGUCUGUCAUGUACUGUAUACUACUACAUACACUAAAAAUACUUUUUUCAUAUCACGGGAACUAAUCCUCAAUUAGUAGUACUGAGUUUUGAAACAAAUCAAUGUAUGAAAUAAAACUUUUUAUCUUU